AUGAGACUGUCUGCCUCACUCCUCCUUCUAUCUGCAUCGGCAGUGACAGCGUUUCCAAGCAGAUACUCCAACUCCGGCUCCCACUGCGCCAGCAUUUCCGGAGACAAGACCAUCAACAGCUUCCAGCUGUACCCCGAAAAUGCUGCUUUUGACGAGAGUCGCUGCUCCGUUUAUUUCAGCUCCGUCUACAACGCCACGGUAGCAGUCUGGGAUCCCUAUGUCAACGCUGUCAUCGAUUCGAUCAAAUUCAAGGGCCUCAGCGGAGAUCCUAUCCUUCAUGCCAGCGGCGUCAAGGUAGAUCCCCUCGGAAGACUUUCCGUCGUCAUUGACGCCGGAGCCGCUUUCGAUACCGCAGGCCAGGACAUUUCUGGCGACAACUUCCUCGUCAAGUAUGAUCUCAAGACACGUCGCGAGCUCUGGCGCCGAAACUUGACGGCUAUCACCAAUGGAGUGUACUCGGGCUACCAGGACAUUGAGCAUGACGAGCACGGCAACACCUUCGUCAUCGGAACCUUUCCGAGCAGCAUCAUCCGGGUCAGCGCCGACAACAAACAGGCCAGUGCAUGGUAUCUCGCAACCCCACCGGAUCAUACCAAGCACGGCUUCACAGGCGCCGUUUCAGCUGGGGACUCUCUGGUUGUCACUGACAAUAUUGAUGGCCAGUUGUACAAGUUCAACAAGCGCGACAAGCAAGGAAAGUCUUCCAAGAUUUCGCUCAACUCCGGCAACAGCCCCAUUGGUCAAGGCCUUGACGGAGCUAUUCUCCCUCCUUUGUACCACGGCACUGUCCUCCUGGUCUCGGACAAUACCAACGGCACCAUCGUCCUACACUCUGCCGAUGGAAAGUGGAACAAGGCUCGGAACUUGGGCACUAUUGCGAACAAGCAUCUCGCUGCUGGAGGCUCUACUGUUGCAAGCUUGCAGAUUGGAUCGAGCAUUUAUUCGGUGACCGAGUAUUUUGGUGAUGCCAAGGUCAAGGGCACGCUGGCUGGGAAUCGCACUCAGUUUCCUCUGCAUGACAUUACCAAGCAGAUUGCUCAUUUGCUAGAAUAA